AUGCUGGCUGCGGCGCCCGCGGCCGGCGAGCAGACCCCACGCGCCUGAGCCGUCGGGGCCGUGGCGGCCAUGGCCGCUGCCAUCGCCAGCUCCCUGAUCCGCCAGAAGAGACAGGCCAGGGAGCGGGAGAAGUCCAACGCCUGCAAGUGUGUCAACAGCCCAAGCAAGAGCAAGGGCAGCUGCGACAAGAACAAGUUGAACGUGUUUUCCAGGGUCAAGCUUUUCGGCUCCAAGAAAAGGCGGAGGAGGCGACCAGAGCCUCAGCUUAAAGGUAUAGUAACAAAGCUAUACAGCAGGCAAGGAUACCACUUGCAGUUGCAAGCAGAUGGAACAAUUGAUGGAACAAAAGAGGAGGACAGUAGUUAUACGUUGUUUAACCUCAUACCUGUGGGUUUACGAGUGGUGGCGAUUCAGGGGGUUCAAACAAAAUUGUACCUAGCAAUGAACAGUGAAGGAUACCUAUACACAUCAGAACAUUUUACACCUGAGUGCAAGUUCAAAGAAUCAGUAUUUGAAAACUACUAUGUGACAUAUUCUUCAAUGAUCUACAGACAGCAACAGUCUGGCCGGGGUUGGUACUUGGGUCUUAACAAAGAAGGAGAAAUAAUGAAAGGAAACCACGUGAAGAAAAACAAACCUGCAGCACACUUUCUUCCAAAACCAUUAAAAGUGGCCAUGUACAAGGAGCCUUCUCUCCACGAUCUCACGGAAUUCUCCAGGUCUGGAAGUGGGACCCCAACAAAGAGCAGAAGUGUUUCAGGAGUGCUAAACGGGGGUAAAUCCAUGAGCCAAAACGAGUCAACGUAGCCAGGUUAAGGCCAGCCAAGUGCUCUCUAAACAGAACCUUACCUCUGGAUGCAGUUGAAUUCUUACUAGCAGUCUUUCAUCCAAACGUUCAGUUGCCCGGGACAAGCCACCGAACGUGCAUAGGUCACUCGUUUAUCAGCCAUUAGAUCUACUGGUUGUCAAAGGAUAUACCCCAAAUAAUGUAGAAUAUGCUUGUGCAUAUCACAAGGCACUUGGAUAGCCAGCAAACAUAACUGCGGAAUAAAUCUCAGAGAAGAAAUGUCCAGCUCUUUCUCUCUUGCUCUUUCUCUCUCUGUCUUUCUCUCUUUCCUAUGCUUUGUGGAAUACGAAACAAAAACAUUUCACAGCAUUCACUGCUGAUAAGAAUUUGCUUUCCGACUAAGAAAAAAGACCACUUUUGCUCUUCAAAGGAAAUUUUAAUGCUUAUAUGUUUUAUAGGGGCAAACGAAAAUAAAUAUGUAAACUCUGUUGUUUCCUUGGCUUACCGUUUUAUAUCUAAGGCUUGAUAAAAAAAAAAAAAUGUAUCCUUUAAUUUGGAAUAGAGCAACUUUUUGAUUUCUGAACUCCAAUGGGUCUUUAAAGCUACGUCUUUAAAAAAAAAAAUCAAAAAUUCAGGGUUGGAACUGAGAGUUGGUGUCUCAGGCUCAAGUAAACAGUGUUCUUGUGGUUUUAAACACAAAGAAAUAUAAAUUUUUAUAGAUUUGUAGUUUCUGGUAAAGUUCUUGUGCUAACCCCAGUCUGUAGGAAUUGAGCUGUUUUGUUAUCCCAAGUGGAAGUUAGCAGGAAGGGAUAAAAUUAUCCUCCAGUGGUAGAUUUCUCUUAAUCCCAUUUUGUGUGUCAUGUUAAACUAUUGUUGUGGCUUCUUUUCUAAAGACAGAACCUGUGGAAUUAAGGUGACUUCCUUUUUUUUAUAAGAAACGUCUUAUUUGUAAAAGUCCUUCUUUCACUGUAAUGGGCACGUGAACAUUGUGUAGGAGGAGCGUUAGGACAGAUUACCCCCCCUAAACAACAUAUACUUAUACAUGCUAUUGGAAACAAUUGUUUAAAAAAAAAAAAAGAUGUAGUUAGGUUUCCAUGUAGGUCAUCAUGUCUGUUGCAUGGGAGAAAGUUGGACUAUUGGCAUAGAGUUGCAUGACGUGUAAGAUUUUGUGCAUUAAUCAUCGUUGGAUUCUGUGCUCCAAAACCGACAUAGUUCUGUGCGGGCAGCUUUCUGCCUCGUACCAGAGAGUUGUUUAUUAUUUGUUGUAUACACAACCAUGCACUGAAUAAACUAUUUAUAUUAAGAUGUACUUUUUAAAAAAAAGCUUGUU